AUGCAAAAAAAUUUUCAAUAUCAACAACAACGACAGUAUCCAUCAUAUUUACGACAAGAUUUGAAAAAAAUCAAUCAAAUACGAGCAAAUAAUUCUGGCAUAAAUUUUAAAAAUAUUCCAUUAAACAAUAAUACAAUCGAUAUCAUUGUUCAUCAUCUUGGUGUAGUAAUUAAUCAAGCAACCGGAAAUUUGGAAUAUUUCAAUCAUUUAAUUCCCAUUGAUACAUUUGUUAUUUCAUUAGAUAAUUAUCAAGCAACACCUUAUGGUACUACACCAAACAUCAUACAACAAACAAUUUCCGGCCAAAUUUUAGGAACAACUUUACAACUUGCAUACAAUGUUCAAUGUAUUGAUAAUAAUUAUGGUCCAAAUUGUGAUUUGAAAUGUACACCUGCAUCAAUCAAUAAUUUGCAUGCAGCAUGUAUAUCAGUUAUUACAGGAAUGCAUCAUUCAUGCAAAUAUGCAAGCAAUUCAAUAAAAAUAUUUGAUUGCACACCAUGUCCAUAUGGUUUAACAAUAAAUCAGACGAAAUGUAAUACGCCAAAUAUUACUCCAAUUAUUCAUGUUAGUUAA